CUCUCUCACAGUCACAUACACACAUGGAGUUGAAGGCGAACAGUAGCAAAAGCACACCUUCCACCCCACAUUCAGAAUCAAAACCUGUUGUUUGCAAGAAAGAUGAUGUCUUUUCACAUUCCCAAACUCCUGUGGGGAAGCCCACCUCGUCUCCUUUCAAAUACUUAGGAAAAGAGAUUACUAAAGAGAAAGUUCAAACUUCGAAAUUGAGUAAUGCAUCACAAGGAGAUUCAUCACGUCUUCCCCAAGAGAGUAGCAAAGACAUCGAGCGCUUGGUUUCUCCUACUCCUCCAGUCCCUCCUACCCCCAGAGGGUCUAAACAUCCUCAUCCCCCCUCGUCUAGCUUGGGCCAGAAUGAUGGGCACCCAGGUUCAUCCCCUUCUGCAGCUCCUUCUCCUAAAUUUGCUGGAAAUAGUCUCUUAGAGAGUCCGCCUCACCAGUACGGUAGCAUGGGCUUGUCAGGCGUGGAUCUUCUUUGGGAUGAAGACGAUAUGGCCUUGGGAUGUGAGAGAAUCAGGUUUGCAGUGAAUGAACAAGAUGCAACUCAGUUUGACAACCUCAAGUUUGAGAGUUUGGACCAGCUGUUGUGCAGCUCAGCCUCUAGAAUAGCCACCUUGUCCAAGACUUUACGCCAGCGUUUUGAGUGUUUGCAGCAGGAGGUAACUCAAUUACAGACAGCGGAAAAGGAGUCGAGCAAGGAGAUAUCUCGCCUCAAAGGGGAGUUGGAGUUGAUAAAGAAAGAACGUGAUCAAUGGAUGGAACUUUUCAAGGAGGAAGCAUCUACAGGAAGAAGUUUCCUUGGGUCCCAGGCGGGCUGGAACUUCCUGGAGGAGGUUAAACGUGAAAACUUGGAGAAGUUUAAGAAGUCUGUUGCUUUCCGGAGGCUAGUGAUGGAUGAGGCCACUGAUAUCUUUGACCAGACUGUUUGGGAGUGCCGUAAGAAGCUUAAGGCGACGAUUCCCUCUCCCAGCAAGGAUCUCACUCCAGAUUGUCAAGGCUCAGAUCUCAAGGAAGCUUAGGCCUCCUCUACUGUUAUGUUAAUUAGCUUUUAUGUUAGCAUUUUGGGUUGUCUUCCAUUUUGCAUUUUGUGUCUUGCUUGCUUGGAAGAUACCUCAGACAGUGUGGUCUGCCAGAGUUUUGUCUCUGAAGAAUAUCGGACAGAAGCCAAACAUCAUCAAUGUAUAGGGGAUUUUGCUUUCUGUUGAUGAUCUUCACCUUUUUUCAUGUGGCAUUCAAGUGAUUCUGUCAGAAAAACAAGGAAUAUAAAAUGUGCAUUGAUUUCCUGUCUGAACCUCCAGUCCAUGUGUCUGAGUCUCUUCUUUAAGGUAUCUUUGGACUUUGGAUUUUGGUUAUUUGUCCGAGGCAAAUGUUGUAAUUGCAGUGCUGAAUUUGUAGAUUUAUCAUGUAAAAUAAAGUGACCCUUCUUCAACAGUUGAAAAAUGAACAAAUUUGUUUCUACAUUUGAUACAUAAAAGCUGCAUGAUUCAUCUUUAUUGAUUGCCCCAUAAGUUAAGUCACUGCACAUAGUACACACACAACAUUCAAACUCAGGUACCACCACACAAA